AAGCGCGGGGGCCAGGGCGGCGGUGGCUGCGGCGGCGGCCGGGCUCGAGGCCGCCCCUCCCGCAGCGGCGGGCCGAGCGUGGACAGGGCGGAGGCCUUGGUGGCGGCGGCGCGGCUCGACUGGGGCCCCUCGCGGGCCUGCGGGGAUGCGGGCGACGUCGGCGCCGACGAGGCAGGGAUAGGCCGGCCUCUUGGCAUGGGGCACUGUCGCCUCUGCCAUGGGAAGUUCUCCUCAAGGAGCCUGCGAAGCAUCUGUGACAGGGCACCUGGGGAAAGCUCAGAGAGACUGUCCCCAGGGGAGCGUGUCUUCAUCAGAGACUUCCAGUGCCUCCUAGGGGUGACUGUCCACCAGGACCCGGCUUUGCCUCAGUUUGUCUGCAAGAGCUGCCACGCCCAGUUCUACCAGUGCCACAGCCUCCUCAAGUCCUUCCUGCAGAGGGUGAACAUCUCCCCAACAGGCCAUUGGAAGCCAUGUGCAAAGGUCAGUGCCCAGCCCCCAGCAGGGGUGGAGGAAGGAGCCUGUUUAGUGGAUCUGAUCACUUCGAGCCCUCAGUGUCUGCACGGCUUGGUGGGGUGGGUGCACGGACAUGCGGCCAGCUGCAGGGCCCUGCCUAGCCUUCAGAGGGCACUGUCCUCUGAGUACUGUGGCGUCAUCCAGGCUGUGUGGGGCUGCGACCAGGGCCACAACUAUGCUAUGGACAUCGACUCCAGCUGCAGGGCCUUGCUGGACAGCGCAUUGGCAGUCAAGUGGGCAUGGGACAAGGAGACGGCACCAUGGUUCACCGAGAACCGGGGGUCUGACCCCACUGGGGCUGCCCCUCAGAUCUCCCAGAGCAGAGGGACAGGGACCACAGUUGGGCCUGAGACCAAGACCCUGCCUGGCACAGAUGUGGCCCAACCUCCUUCAGAUGGCAGUCCUGCGCAGCCUGGGUCAGGCUCUGCACCACAGCCAAGCCCACCUCUCAGUGGGGCCCCAGGGCAGUUGAGUGAGAAGCAGGUUCCGCCUUCAACCUCGGAUGAUCGGGUAAAAGACGAGUUCAGUGACCUUUCUGAGGGAGACUUCCUGAGUGAAGAUGAAAAUGACAAGAAGCAAAAUACUCCAUCUUCGGAUGAGUCCUUUGAACCUUACCCAGAAAAGAAGGUCUCCAAUAAGAAGAGUGAAAGCAAAGAAUCCAAGAAGUCUGGAGAGCCCAAAGUCCGCAAGAAACCUGGGCCCAAGCCUGGCUGGAAGAAAAAGCUCCGCUGUGAGAGGGAGGAGCUGCCCCCCAUCUACAAGUGUCCUUACCAGGGUUGCACGGCCGUGUACCGAGGAGCUGAUGGCAUGAAGAAGCACAUCAAGGAACACCACGAGGAGGUUCGAGAGAGGCCCUGUCCCCACCCUGGCUGCAACAAGGUGUUCAUGAUCGACCGAUACCUGCAGCGCCACGUGAAGCUCACCCACACAGAAGUAAGGAACUACAUCUGUGAUGAGUGUGGCCAGACUUUUAAACAGCGGAAGCACCUACUUGUCCACCAGAUGCGACACUCGGGAGCCAAGCCUUUGCAGUGUGAAGUCUGUGGGUUCCAGUGCCGGCAGCGGGCAUCCCUCAAGUACCACAUGACCAAACACAAGGCAGAAACUGAGCUGGACUUUGCCUGUGACCAGUGUGGCCGGCGGUUUGAGAAGGCCCACAACCUCAAUGUACACAUGUCCAUGGUGCACCUGCUAACACAGACCCAGGACAAGGCCUUGCCCAUGGAGACAGAGCCACCACCUGGGCCACCAAGCCCUUCUGGGACCACAGAAGACCAGGCUGUAAAGCCUGAGCCCACCUGAGGACUGUAGGUGGCUUGUGGGCACAGCCAGCAGCCUGACUCCUGCACACACCCUACCCUCCCACGUGCACAGCCUCUUGGAGUAUCUCUAGGGCUCGAGCCAGCAGCUUGGUGUGUAGCUCACAAAGCCUUUGAUCCUCUGUUCUGGGACCAGUGGUUAUGUUCCUGCAAACACCAAGUAACAUGGGGCCAGACACAGAUUAUAAAUAAUUGAUUCCUUUUUCCCACUAAAGCAAUCAAGGAGGUUUGUAAUAACUUUUUAGUGCAACAAGAGCUCCAUGUUUUGCUUAUAAUAAAUUAUUUAC